AUGUCCCACAUGAUUGACGCCAGUUACGUGAUCGAUCCGAACGAAUCAUCUUUCGUCUACCAAAUGCCCAAUACGCUGUCAGUAUCGAUCCAGUGUGGCUUGACCACAGCCGAAGCGAUGACAAUACAAUUGAGGAUACUGUUCAAAUUAAACGUGGACGAGAGAAGUGUCAGAGAUGCCCAGAAUAUUGGACAAGUCUACCCAUAUCUCUAUGAUUUGGCCUGUACUAAUACUGUUUUGCAUCACCCAUGGUUGAAUAGCUGUCAAAUCGGGAGGUACUACAUCAACCGGUUUUCCGAUCGAACCGCAAUUGUCCUUGUGGAUUCGGAAACCUCCACUGUGGCCGAUGAGGAGUUGGCGUCGAUUGAUGACGAAGAUCAGAAACUACUUACUAUCGCCAAUCGGUUGAACAGUUAUAUUGGGGCGAGAUGGCUCAAGUGGUUAGAGCGCGAACUUACCUACAGGAAUCUUCGUGUUUCGAACCCGACCUCUGCCUCUCGACUUCCCCUGUCUAGGCUUGGGCAACCUAACAGUAUCCCAGCCCUCGUGCUCCCUUCGGGUGGCAUGGCAGUUGGGCACCCGAAGGGGUGCUACAGCUGA